AAAAUCAGUCCUGUGUCCUGAUGCUGAUAUCCUUUUAUCCUGCCAGCUAUAAAAAUUUGUUUCUCUAUAAUUUCUAUUCAAUUUUUAUUAAUCAAUUUGAAGCAGCAUUAAUUCAAUAUCAUAUUCAGAAUUGUAUUGAACCAACAUCAUUAUUUAGAGGUUGAAUAGUGUUUUUGUAAAUAUGUAAAGAAAAAUAAGUAAGGUUAAUAACAAUAUAACCUAUUUUAGCAGAUUAACUUAGUCCUCAAUGCUGUCUACAUGUUGGGUGUUUUAGUAUUUAUUUGUGUAUUAAUUUACUAUGCAUUUACUUGGCUUUUUCCUCAGUUUUUAAGUUGGAUUAUAAAACGAAGAUUCCACAUAGAAGCUCGAAUUGGACGGAUUGGAAUACCAUACUUUACACUUCAUGAUGUUCAUAUUACUAAGAAUGGAGUAUCAGUGCAUAUUGAUAGGAUCGGCUUUCGCAGCAGCUUCCUCAGUAGUGAAGUAACAAAACUCGUCUCGGUUAUAAUCCAAAAUGUGAGAAUCAACAAAGAUGUCGUGGGCAGGAGAGAGAUGGACACUCCGUCCACAAGAUGGAGCACUCCUCUCUCUUUCCACGACCAGAAAAUUCCACCACUUGUCAUCACUUUUGCACAGUUCAUGGCGGUGCACGUGCGCUCGAUCAGCGCGAUGCUGCUGCGGCCGGAGUCGCCCGAAUGGCUGCUGCACACGACCUGCAGCGACCUGCACGUGGACGGCUCGGUCAUGCACAGUGCGCGCUCGCUGCUCGUCAACGUCGCCGUCGGCGCCACCAGUGCGCGGCUGCUGCGUCACGCCAACAGCGCCACCACUGCGCACGCGCCCGACGCCUGUCUCGCCGAGCUGUCCGUCGCGCUCACCGCUGAGGCCACCGUUUUCGCGCAGGGGCCCUUGUCUGUGCAGAAAGUAUUCAUUGGCCUAGAAAAUACAAAAGCGGUUAUGAACGAUGGUUUCUAUGCUUUCGCCAGAGAACGUCAGAGACCGACACCACAGCCUUCAAAAGGCGAAGAGACGUCACCCAGCCACUAUGGCUCCACUUUUGAACUUUUAUACAAUAUUUCCCCUAUCAUUCCCGAGUUUCUCACGGUGAAGAUACAAGAUGCUGUUCUAACUGGUAGUAAAGACAUAGCUAAACUGGAGUGCCUUACACUUUGUACUGAAUUCAAACCUGGUCCCAAAAAAGCUGAAGGUUUUGGUUGGCCAAAAGCGAUAGUAGACUUACAAGUCAAUGACUUGGCUGUGAUUGGUGAUAGAGAAAAGAUUCUUGGUCUGAAAAAGCUCUCCAUCAAAGCUGAGCUUCUGAAGAAACUUCUAAAUCUACGAUUGAUCCUCAACACAUUGUCUCUUGAAGGAGAUGAAUCCUAUGCAGUGGAAAAGUCUAGCAAUGAGGAUGAAGACUGCUGGAAUCAACUUGAACUGCAGGGCUGUGCUGAAUUGUAUAAUAUUUCGUCAGUAUUAAGACUAUCUGAAAAGACUGGUGAUACAUCUGUGGGAUUUACAAGACUGAAAUGGAUAUUUGGUUGUGAUCCGCCUUAUCUGAGACCGGAAGAGGUGGUGAAAUCGUGGUGCACUCCCAGACUGGCGGCCGGCCUCUCGGAACGCAGCUGCACGACCGAGUUGCUAGUUGAAAACGCAUGGUGCAAGUUGAACGAAGGCGUCGACUUCAUGCCUUCCGACCUGAAGAAGUGGCACAAGUGGGGCACGCCCAUGUUCCUCGGUGUGGCUCUGGUCAACGCCAACACCAAGGCCACUCCUGUCAUACAGACCCGGGUCCAGGUCAUGCUCGAUACCGUGCGCAUAGAGUCGAGUCCCCCUUUGGCUGCAUUCAUCAUCUCUGCUUAUAACUGCAUCAAUGAAUAUGCCGCUCUCAGAACUACUCCAGCGUCGUUGAAGCGGAAAUCAUUAUCGAGAAAAGAAGCCGCUUUUAAAAAGUUCCGGCUCAAUUCUUCAAUAGUAUCGAAUGUCACGCUAACCAAUGGAAACAUAUUCUUCAUUGCUGAUAAGAAAGUGUGCUUGAUGACUCGCAUGGAUUCAACUUCACUGACAUACGAGUUGGAGAAGAUCACCAUUCUGGUAGAAGGGGCCAAAGUCGCUGCAAUGAAGCCUACUAAACUUCAUUUCACAUGUCUCCGUUCAGAGGAAGUCAAGUCGGUUUGCAUGCAUGUGAAACAAGCCAGAUUGGACAGGAGGAACCGAGAUAAUACUAUUUGUAUCGAAUUGAUGGAAGAAAUGGAAGCUGGCUGGAGUCCCAAUCUCCAUCUCAAGAUACUGGCUCUUUUCGGAGAAAUCAAUGUUUUGAAAAAAGAGAUCCAAACUCUCAGACGUGGAGAUCCAAAUGUAGAUUUUGAAGAAAGUGAUGACUAUGACGAUAAAAGCGAACCGAAAAAAUCUCCAAUUUGGCAGAUCGUUGCCAAAGGACACAUUCGAUUCAGCAUGACGUUAUCGUCGGACCAUUAUCUUGUAUUUUCUACAGAUGAUCUUCUGUACAGACUUGGCGACAAGGAUUGUGUGCUACGAGCCGCCUUGUUGAAAAUAGCAGUUGACGAGGAAAAUAUCUUCACAGUCGAAGGGUUCCAUCUCACCAGACUACAUGAUAGUGAGAUCAUCAAAACAGAGAGGGCUCAUAGUGAAGGUCUUGUUCUGCCCUGGAAUAGAACAUGGGGUGUAUCAAUCCAGACGUUGAAGAUGAUAUUCCCUUACAACCACAAUUUCGCUGCUGCGGUGCAGAAUGAGUUCAUAACCAUUGUGAAAUGGUUGAAGCUAGUACACAGGCAGCAGCAACCUGACACAGUCCAGUCCAUGGAGAAACCAUUACCUUCGGAUCUGCUGAUCAAGAUCACUGAAUUUGUGUUCGAGAUGAGUGAUGAUCCCUUCGAAGUGAGACUACGUGACAACUUUGAGCUACUUGUUGACGAAUAUAAAGAGAGUUUGAAACGUCAAAAAAUGUUGGAUGCCAAGGUGGAGGAAAUGUGCAAAGCGAGGUUACUGUUACCAGCCGGCAAGGUAGAGGAGCUCUACAACAACCUGAAGAGCAUGAAUGGCAAGAUCUACAUUCAGAGGUCGAAGAAGAUGGUGCAGUCUGGCACGCGAACGCGUCUCUUCGCUUGGAUCAUGUCCGACCUGGAGUUGAUCGCUUUGGCCGACCCCUCCAUCCACGGAGCCCAGAAUGUGGUCAAUGUCAUGACCGAAAUCGACACUGAUUCACCAUGGCCGGAAGAAGGAGUUGAAUUCUCGACACUGUGGUGUCGCUCGGUAGCAGCCAGUUGCAGAGAGUGGAAAUUCCAGCUGAGGGACUUUCCUCAGCCGUGGGUCGACAUAGGGCAACUACAUCUCUGGGGCAGAUUGGUGGGUGCUGAGCAGGUCGCUACCAGACGAGCAAAGCGAGCAGUGACAAUUGAACUGGGAGAUCCGUGGGGCGAAUUCGUGCUGGAGAGGAACAUGACUCAUCUGAAAUUCUACCACGACUUCAACUGUGAGGUAGAACACUUCAGCUAUGCCUUCGGUCCAUGCUGGGAGCCAGUCAUUGCACAAUGCAAUCUAAGUUUUGAGAAGAUAUCAAGGCCUUCACUGGAUCCCAGUCCUCCACUAUCUUUCUGGGACAAAAUGCGUCUGCUGAUCCAUGGCAGAUUAACAAUGUUCAUCCGACAGCUCACUAUUCUCCUACAUGCUUCCUUGGAUCCCUAUAACACAACUGAGGAAAUGGAGAUUACAUGGAGUGAUGUAGCUAUGGAUUGGAUUAAUGCGAAAGUAGUUUUCAACGGCAACUUGGAUGUGUGUGUACGAACAGCGUCAAAGUACGACGACUGUCGUCUACUUCACCUUCCUAACCUGAAGCUGAGCAUCAAACUGCACUGGAUAUGCUUGGGAGACGCCAACGACCACCACUCUGUCAUGCCCUGUGCGCCCGAUAAACUCCCUGAAUACUCCAGCAAUCAGGUCCAUGAUUCGUUCCGGGCUUUUCGAUCUCAAAACUUGAACGUGACGUUAUCUUUGGAAACCAAACCAGUGAUUAGUAAUAGUCAAGAACUUGAUUGUCCUGUUGCGUUACUUUAUGGAAGCACCUUAAGGUGGUUUGAGAAUCUGAAACUGAUUUUGUCGGGAGUGACGCGACCCACCAGACGAGGAUCGGCCUUCAACAACCUGCGGCCACGGAAGCAGCCACUGAGCAGACACUAUCGCAAGAUCCACCUCUCCCUGCAGCUGCACCGGUUCCAAGUGCACUACUGGAUGUCUUUUGCCAUGCAGAGGGGAAUCGAACUGGUCGGACAACGCAUUUCAUCAAGCUCUGAGCACACGCUUACCCUAGUGCCCAUUGACGAUGGACUGAAGCACCGCCCUCGGCCUGAGUGGGCAAUAAUGUAUAUGAAUUGUGAACUCAAUGAUGCUGAGAUCUGGCUCAAGAGUGCAUUGCAAGAAGAAGAUGGCAAGGAGAUCCUGUCACUUCGCCAGCCGGUGGAGAAGUGCUACUGCCUGAGCGUGGGCAAAGUGUCGUACGGCAGAGAGGCAUCGGUGCUGGGCAAGGUUCGUCCACCCGAACAGGUAGGCGAACGCACGCCCACGCACCGCCUAGUGGUGCAUCACCUCAAGGGAGCCUGGACCUCUAGCAACCGCAAUGUCGCUUUCGCUUUGUUCGACUCAUUCAUGAAAACAAAGCAAUUGAAGAAGAACCUAUCUACCGAGGCAGUGAAAAGCUUCAGAGCGGAUAAGACUUCCACUCCUUUGAAAACAUCGAACCGUGGCUUAGAAGCCCAACCUGUCACGCCAGUCGCUACUUCCAAAGCACCAGAGAUUUCAGCCAGUCCUUCUCCAAUGACAAAACUGCAGUCGGGGCAUGCGGCCAACAUGCUGAAGAAGUUGAUAGCCGAAGCUGAGAAUAAGGCGGUGGUUUUCAGUGAUGACUUGUCCGCUCAAACUAAGGAGCAGCAAAUGCAAGGCCUAGCUGCCUGCCAAGAAGAUGACGUUGUACAUAAGAAUUGGCUGAUCGCCCUAGUGAACAGCCAGGUGCUGCUGAAAGGCAUCGAGACGAAGGGCUACGUGAUCCUGAGUGCAGCUAAGGCGGAGAUCCUGCAGCGCAUCCACAAGCCAGUCUGGAAGGACCGCACUCUGGUGGCCAAGACCACCUGGGUCGGCUCCCUCGAGUGCAUGCAGUACUAUGCCACUGUCAGCGCCGGCGAGAACGAUUCCCUCGACGAGAACAUAAUGUGGCUGAGCGUGGAGAACAUCCAGGAGAAGGAAGGCACAGUGAUAGCCGACUUACCCGAUGUGCCGACCCUGGUGGGCAGUGGUCAGUCGGUGGGGGAGUUGUCAGUGAGACUGUGGGAGCCAGCAGUGCCGGAGAGAAUCCCCCUCUUCAGUGAGAACUCCGCUUUCCUUGCUUCACUCCAUUUUGUUCCCACUCUUGGCACAAACAUAAUGUGGCUGAGCGUGGAGAACAUCCAGGAGAAGGAAGGCACAGUGAUAGCUGACCUGCCCGAUGUGCCGACCCUAGUGGGUAGUGGUCAGUCGGUGGGGGGAGUUGUCAGUGAGACUGUGGGAGCCAGCAGUGCCGGAGAGAACCCCCCUCUUCAGCUGCAACGGAUAGUAUCGCGCUGUAAGUGCGAGUUCUUCUACGCGGGCUAUGGAGACAGCAGCCUGGACCCGGGUGCCCUGUACGAGGUGCCCCCUCCCUUGCCCGAGGAGACGGCCAGCCCCUGGGAGCGGCACGAGUCGGCCGUCGACGCAUUCACGCUCAUGCAUCACGACCUCGACGUCUGCACCAACUCGCUGCAGUACGCCAUGAUACUCGACAUUGUCAACAACCUGUUGCUCUAUGUUGAGCCCAGGCGCAAGGAGGCAUACGAACGCCUGCAGCGCAUGCGCUUCCAGAUUCAACUGCACAGCAUUGAGGACCAGAGGAAGCCCAUACAAGAACUGCAGAACAGUAUUAGAUCACUCUCGUCUGAACUGCGACGUUUGGAGAAAGAAACCUAUCUUGUACAGAGAGCAUUAGUAGAUGAACCGGGAAGUGAACAUCUGUUAACGGAGAUGAACAACUUGGAAGAACAGGUGUAUGAGUGCAAAGAGAAGGUGUUGACAGAGAGCGAGAAGUUGGACAUGAUGCUGUCGUGCUACAAGGAGACGCAGCUGGCAGUCAACCAGAAGCUGGCCAUGCUGAAGGGAGACAAGGUGGUCACAUCGGUGCGGGCCAGCGAGAUCUGCUUCAAGCAUGCCAAAUGGCGGCUCACUGACGCUGAUGGACAACUCGGCAUCGCUGAUCUCGUUCUCAGCAAUUUCUUAUAUACCAAAAACUCGAAGAGUGAUGACUCAGUGGAGCACCUCUUGGAACUGGGCUAUGUCCGUAUGACGAACCUUCUACCCAACCAGAUCUAUAAAGAAGUGAUUGUACCUACAGAAAUACUUAGCAACAUGCCUGUCGACAGAAAAAGAGCAAUCAGAGUAUUUUGUAGAGAAAAAGCCCCAGUUGGUGGAAUUUCCGUAAAAGAGCAUUUCGAAAUCAAUGUAGUACCACUAACAAUAGGAUUAACGAAGAAGUUCUACGACACAAUGAUGAAGUUCUGCUUCCCGGAACGCGAUCCUGACAACAUUGAAGGUGAAACGAUAGAGGAAGCUGAGCCGAGCGCCGCCGCUGGACCAAAGAAAAGCAAAAGCGCUGGAGCUUUCAAGAAAGGAAAAGACUCCAGUUUCUAUGUGCGCAUCGAACAGAAGGAUGACGUGGAAAAGAUGAAGGAAAGAGCUGAGAAAAAUAAGCUGUUCAUCUACAUCAAGAUCCCAGAAGUGCCAGUACGCGUCAGCUACAAAGGCAACAAGGAGAAGAACUUUGAAGACAUUCGCGACUUCUCGCUAGUGAUUCCAACCCUUGAAUACCAUAAUGUUACCUGGACAUGGCUCGAUCUGCUUCUUGCCAUGAAAAGUGAUAGUCGACGUGUUAUGUUCUCCCAGGCAAUCAAACAAAAGCUGCAAUUCAAAUCGAAACGUGGAACCUCUGAAGAAGGAGCUUCGCCACAAGAAGAAGAUAAAGCCAGAAUGCUGUUUGGAUCGAGACUGAUGGUAAUAAGUUUCAUUCAUACUAAAGUAUUUUUCAAAUUUAUUCACAUUACGUGCUAUCCUAUAAUAUCAAGUACUCAAUGAAGACCACCUUAAUAAUCUAAUAUGCUUCAAUCGUUACGUUCAAAAUUAGUAUU